CACGAAGUUUAUGGAGAACAAUGUCUCGCGGAAUUAUUUGGAUCUUUUACCUGUGAUGUUCUGGAGAAACUUUUAUUGGACGAUGUUUUCGCUGCUUUUGGGAGGUUUUCCAUGGUUUAAAUGCAGGAGAAACUGUUAUUCGUUGUUUUGGACCGGAUAUAGUGUGGGUUGGGGCAGAGAUGCGUAAUGCACAGAGCAAGCUCCAUCUUCUCUCCAAAUAGGCAGCGUUCAAGACCCGAAAAUGUCUAAGUCGGAGGUGAAGAAGGAGUCCGGGGAGUGCAGUCCGUCGGAGGCCGCCUGCCUCUGCUCUCCUCCGGCGGCCAAGAACCAGUGCGCCAGCUGCGGCAUGGAGAUCCAUGACCGGUACCUGCUGAAGGUCGACAACCUGAACUGGCACUUGGGAUGUUUGGAGUGUUCCGUGUGCAGAGCGUCUCUGCGCCAACACAACAGCUGCUACGUUAAAAACAAAGAAAUCUACUGCAAACUGGAUUAUCUCAGUAGGUUCGGCACUAAGUGUUCCCAGUGUGGCCGGCAGGUGUUUGCCAGUGACUGGGUGCGGAGGGCCCGGGGCAGCGUGUACCACCUUGCCUGUUUUGCAUGUUUCUCCUGCAAGAGGCAGCUGUCGACAGGGGAGGAGUUUGGCCUGGUGGAGGGCAGGGUGCUCUGCCGCAGCCACUACGACGUCAUGCUGGAAAACCUGCGGAGGGCUGCAGAAAACGGCACAGGACUGACUCUGGAGGGAGCGCUGCCCUCUGACCAGAACUGCCAACCAAAGCCAGCCAAGAGGGCACGGACAUCCUUCACUGCUGAGCAGCUGCAGGUGAUGCAGUCUCAGUUUGCUCAGGACAACAACCCUGAUGCUCAGACUCUACAGAAACUUGCAGAAAUGACAGGACUGAGUAGACGAGUCAUACAGGUGUGGUUUCAGAACUGCCGUGCACGACACAAAAAGCUGCCGCCUCUGAGUGGCUUCUGUCAGGGCGCUCCGAUGACCCGGAUGCCUCCAUCGCUGCCGGACGACAUCCACUACUCACCAUUCAGCAGCCCGGACCGACCACAUCUACUCGCUCUGCACGGAUACCUGGACGCUCAUCCGUUCUCCGUCCUCGCUGCACCGGGCCACCUGAGCCAUCCCUCCAUGUCUUUACCACAGCUCCCCAUCAGCCGCUAACCUUCAGCAUCUCCUUUUUUGUUGUUGCGUCGUCACCACUCUAUUGUUGUGAAAAGAAUCCUUUGGGACGUCCUGUCAGUAAUCUGCUCUGAUCCCCCGGGCAUGCAGGACCUCGGCGUUCUGUUCUCAAUCAUUUGGAUUCUUCUUCGCUGUGAGACUGCUGACAUGAACUUUGAAGUCUUGGAAAGACAGCAGACUGUGGAGAAAUGUUCAGCCUGAAUGUCAACAUGGGAGUUUUUUUAAUUUUGAGAAGACCACUUUUAUUUUUCCUCUUUUUGAUGGGACACAAAACAUUGCAUCAGGUCAGGAUUGUUUUCCUUUUGUUUACCCACUCGUACAAAGUAUUAUUAUUUUGUUGCUGCAAUAUGAAAAGAGUGUUGUAGUAUUACAGUAAAACCUCAGCAUUUGUUUUGUGUAUUGGUGAUGAGCACAUUUGCAGCUUUAUUGUUGUUUGUUGUUGUAGUGUUGUCAAAAAAACUCUUAUUUAUUCAGAACAAAACCUUUUUUUAAAAAGCACUUUUUAAAUGUGUCUUGAAAUGGAAUAAUUCAGUGAUUGUACAUUGUAAAUACUGCCACAGUUUAAUAAAAGGUGUAUCCGA